AUGUCUGAUCUACAACUGCAAGGACGGAAGGUCUUUAAGGUUUUCAACCAGGACUUUAUCGUGGAUGAUCGCUACACCGUGACCAAGGAGCUGGGCCAGGGAGCUUACGGUAUUGUUUGUGCUGCCACGAAUGUCCAAACGGGUGAGGGCGUUGCCGUCAAGAAAGUCACCAAUGUCUUCAGCAAGAAGAUCUUGGCCAAGCGCGCCUUGAGAGAAAUAAAACUGCUUCAGCAUUUCAGAGGCCACCGCAAUAUUACCUGCCUCUAUGAUAUGGACAUUCCCCGACCGGAUAACUUCAAUGAGACAUAUCUGUACGAAGAACUCAUGGAGUGUGAUUUGGCCGCAAUUAUCCGCUCCGGACAGCCGUUGACCGAUGCUCACUACCAGUCGUUUAUCUACCAGAUCCUUUGUGGUCUGAAGUAUAUUCACUCCGCCAAUGUCCUCCAUAGAGAUCUGAAGCCUGGAAACUUGCUUGUCAAUGCGGACUGUGAGCUUAAGAUUUGUGAUUUCGGUCUGGCUCGUGGGUUCUCAAUCGACCCUGAGGAGAAUGCGGGAUACAUGACCGAAUAUGUUGCGACGAGAUGGUACCGUGCUCCGGAAAUCAUGUUAAGUUUCCAGAGCUACACGAAAGCUAUUGACGUCUGGUCUGUGGGUUGCAUUCUGGCGGAACUGUUGGGCGGCCGCCCUUUCUUCAAGGGUCGCGACUACGUUGAUCAGCUCAACCAGAUAUUGCACUACCUGGGUACUCCGAACGAGGAUACUUUGAGCCGCAUUGGCUCACCACGUGCCCAGGACUAUGUGCGUAACUUGCCAUUCAUGCCCAAGGUUCCCUUCCAGCGUUUGUUCCCCAACGCCAACCCUGAUGCUCUUGACCUGCUCGACCGCAUGCUUGCGUUUGACCCCUCGUCACGUAUCUCGGUGGAAGAGGCCCUGGAACAUCCUUACCUUAGCAUCUGGCACGACGCCUCCGACGAGCCCAGCUGCCCUACCACCUUCGAUUUCCACUUCGAGAUCGUAGAGGACGUACAGGAAAUGCGCCGCAUGAUCUACGAGGAAGUAGUUCGAUUCCGCCAAGAAGUGCGCAUACCACAAGGGCAGAGCCUAGCCCAACAGCAGCAGAUCGCCCAGCAGGCCAACAUCCCCAUUCCCGAUCACCAACAGGGGGUGUGGCGGCAAGAAGAGCCUAGGCCUCAAGAAGCAGGCGCCGCGGGCGGCACACUCAACGAUCUGGAAUCGUCCCUGCAGCGGGGAAUGGAUGCGUAA